CGGGGCUGAAGGAAACCAGAACCGAGUCGGGACUGCUCAGGUGGAGCCCGCAGUCCUGACAACACCGCUCCGGAGACUGCACCGCACCAAUCCGCGCGGGACAGAGCGGAGCCGCAGCCCCACGCGUCGCCCAGGACCCGCUCGCCAGCACUACCUCCGCCGGACUACCGCCGCAGCACCCAUGGGGACCAGGAGACUUUAAAGGAGUUUGGGGUUUCGGGAGCAGGGAAAUCACGGAUCCCCUCUCCUGGCCCUCACCUCGCCGCGUCAUUGAUGGGCAACCAACUGGACCGCAUCACCCACCUCAACUACAGCGAAUUGCCCACAGGGGAUCCGUCGGGGAUCGAGAAGGACGAGCUGCGGGUCGGGGUCGCCUACUUCUUCUCGGAUGAGGAAGAGGACCUGGACGAACGCGGCCAGCCCGACAAGUUUGGCGUGAAGGGUCCCCCGGGCUGCGCUCCGUGCCCAGAGAGCCCCAGCCGCCACCACCACCACCUGCUGCACCAGCUGGUCCUCAACGAAACUCAGUUCUCUGCCUUUCGGGGCCAGGAAUGCAUCUUUUCCAAAGUGAGCGGCGGCCCUCAGGGCGCCGACCUGAGCGUCUACGCGGUCACGGCGCUGCCCGCACUCUGCGAGCCCGGCGACCUGCUGGAGCUGCUGUGGCUGCAACCCGCGCCGGAGCCGCCCGCGCCCGCCCCACACUGGGCCGUCUACGUGGGCGGCGGGCAGAUCAUCCACCUGCAUCAAGGCGAGAUCCGCCAGGACAGCCUGUACGAGGCGGGCGCGGCCAACGUGGGCCGGGUGGUGAAUAGCUGGUACCGCUACCGCCCGCUGGUGGCCGAGCUAGUGGUGCAGAACGCCUGCGGUCACCUGGGGCUCAAGAGCGAGGAGAUCUGCUGGACGAACUCGGAGAGCUUCGCCGCCUGGUGCCGCUUUGGCAAGCGGGAGUUCAAGGCGGGAGGGGAGGUGCCGGCCGGCACGCAGCCCCCGCAGCAGCAGUACUAUCUCAAGGUGCACCUGGGUGAGAACAAGGUGCACACGGCCAGGUUUCACAGCCUGGAAGACCUCAUCCGCGAGAAGCGCCGCAUCGACGCCAGUGGGCGCCUGCGUGUGCUCCAGGAGCUCGCCGACCUCGUGGACGACAAGGAGUAGCGGGGGGAACAGCCCCUCCUCCAGUCUCCCCGCGCCCUGCUCCCUCCCCCACGCCCGGGCUUCCAGGCCGGCGAUUCAUCAUCCCUGACCCCUCGAGUGGCCGCCGCCAGUGGCCAGUGCCCAGGCUGCAGCCUUGCACCCCUCUGGCAAGGGGCAGGAAGUCUCAGGAACUGGUCCCGGGACUGAAAGAGCUGUGUGGGCCCGGCUGAGACCCCCAGUGGUGGUGAUGGUGUAGGGAACCCCAGCGUGCGCUUUCCCCUUGAGUUUUAAGUGGGGAGAAGAGAAGGGGCCGAGGGGAGCAGGGACUAAGCCUCCCCCACAAGUUACUGGUCAGUGACGAUCACCCGACUUACUAGAAAGGGACCCUCACAGCCCCAAACGCGCACACACAAACCGGUGGGAGGUGAGAAUUGAUCUUUUCCGGGCACAGUUCAACUCCAGUAUGGUUGGGUCCCCAGAUUGCAGGAUUUCCAAGAAAUCCAGCCUGUCCCUCAUGCACUUGUGAAUAAUUCCACAAGAGAGCACUUGGGGACUCCGGGUUAUCCCCGAGGCGGCCUGGGACUUUUCCAGCUCUCCAGCCUUUGGUCUCCUGACUUCGCAUCCGCAGCUCCGGGCUCAGCUAGCCAGUGUCUGCUUCCUGCUCUUUCCACCGAGGGAAGCGAAACGCCACCCCCCACCCGCAUUUGUCUGUGAGUCUCCCUUGCUGGCAGAAGGGAUGCCUUCCCGGUCCCCAGGGGAAAAUGGCGCAGCUAAUUCGGUGAGGCGAGCCGGCCCCGCCCCCAGGGAGAAGUUCACUUGGUGUCCGCGAACUUGAAUUUGUGAAGAGGGCGCUCAUUCUUAACCACAAAUUGUGCCCUCCUUGAGCUGCGUUUCAGAAAUAACCCUGCUUUUACAGGGAUUGAAGGAGAGAGAGAAGGAGGGGGAGGACAUGGCAACAUUCCAGAAACCAGCAUUAUUACAACACCAUAGCCAGUAUGUUUAGUUUGGCUUUUCCUAACACAGAAAUCUCAGAAGGUGGGGAAGGUGGAAAUAAAGUUUUAAAAACGAGAGAGCAGUUUUCCAACGAUGUCAACAAAGCCUAUCGUGUUGAUGUUUUUUAUUGACCAUUUUAGCAACAUGCUAAUAAAAUUUCAAAUUGAAAUUUUUAUUUUCAUGGCUUUAAUCCAUGAUAGUUUAAAUACUGGGGGCCAUUAAGAGUGGAUUUAGCUAAGAGCUUAGCUAACAUUGCCUUUUCACUCUAUUUUUCUCAAAUCUCAUGAGAAUUCUGUUUUUGAAUAUUGUAGUUAAUUGUUUUGGCUUUAAAGGCAGCCCUGGUAAUGGUGGAAUUGUUAACCAAUGUGUGUAUUGUGCUGAAUUUCUGUCAGUUAAGGGGUUUACUGCUUUGUUGGAAGUUGCUAGUGGGUUCCAUGAUGUUUCUUUUCUCCAGGUUGUAUACCAUAACCAUUCCAUAUUUGCAUUUCUAUUUUUCUUCCUGUCCCCCUGAUUUUCGUAAAAAAAAAAAAAAAAAAAAAGACUGUAGAGUUGUUGGCUUUUCCCCCUCCUCCUUGGCCAGUCCCACAAUUUAUUCCUGAAAAUUAGAAAGAACUUAAUAGGAUCAGGAUGAAGUUUUUUUUCAAAUAAUUAAGGCUGUUUGAAACCCCUUCCUUGGGCAAGGACUUGCCCACUUCGGCCCCUGUGCUGGAGCCCCAGCCUGACUGUUACUUGAUUCAGUGUGUGUCAGACACCUACAGCAUCUAUGUCUUUUUCAAGGGAAUUUGUCAAAUAAUGGUGUUGAGCUAAGUGUUGCAAGCAAUUGCAUAUUGACAGCUGUGAUUUUUUUGGAUAGCAAAUAUUAUGGCCAAAGCCAGUUUCUUGGCAUUUCAAAUAUAAUGCAAUAAAACCUAGUCGAGGUUAGCUGAGACUGGAAAUGGAAAUGCCUUUUCUCAUGGUAAAAUGAUUCAUUUCUGGGUUUGGUUUUUUUUGUUUAUUGUUUUUUGGUUUUUUUUUUUUUUGGUUUUUCAUCCUGGAUUCAUUCCCUGAUCUUGUAUCAAGAGGUCAGAUCAAUGAAAUAUGAACUAGAGUAUUUUUCUUAAGCCUAUUGAGUGAUUUAUUUUUUAAAAAUGUUUAAAUGUGUAUGCUUUUCUUUCAGCACAUACAACAGCAAAACUUUUGUAUUAACGAACUUACCUUUGCAUGUAUAGAGAACUGAAAAUCAUUUAUUUCCCUAACUUAUUCCUCUUUCAAAUAACAGAUGGCAGAUCUGAAUCCGAAAUUCUUUGUUGUAUCUGCACAGUCCACAUUCUUUACUGUGUCCUACGACUGUAUCUUGGCUCUCUGCUGUAUUAAAUACCAUCCUAAGAACUUGUUCCAACAGGACUCCUUGUGACAUUUUGUGUUCCACCUGUCACUCAGAGAGUAGGAACUUUAGCAAAAGAAAUAAAUCGGCCUCUUCCCCUUAA